UGUCUCAUUUCAGUUUUAGUUUGGCUCUAGUUUUGUAUUUAUUCCAGUUUAUAUGAAAGGUUCAUGUAGCGUGGAUUAAAAAUUCAUAUACAGAGUAGCCUAAAUCAAGUUUGAAACCGCUGAAGGCGAGCGACCGUGGUGCUGUGGUUCAGUUAUAGCCUAAGUUUAGCUGUUAAGUUCUGCUUUUAUUUAGGCUUCAAAUUCAUCAAAGUUACAUUAUCUUGUGAAGAUUAUCUUGAUGGACAAAACGUGUAAGUUUCAUGAAUUAUGGUUGAACACGGAGCUUAUUUUUUUUGCGAUAAUCCAAAAGCUUAUGGAAAAAUCCUAUAGGUUUUUUGUGGAGGGAACCAGUGCGAUGCUAACCGCCGAUCCGCCUACAGAGUGACGUCAUAGCUCACCCACACUAUUUAUGUAUGUGACCUAGGUCCGUCUCGAUGCAUUAUGUUUGUGUUUAAUGCAUUGUACAAUGUUUGUAUAAAGUAAGAACUUAGGCUAUGCUAUGCGGUUUUGCUUUUGAAGGAUAGAAUGUUUAUCUGUUAUUCCACCAGUAGAUGAAAAGAUCUCUGUUCUUUUCUCAAGUUGGGCACGUGAAAAGGUUGAAGAUGCCUAACUGCACGCUGAACAUCACCGCGGGCGUCCAGAACUUCCAGAUCGCCGCAUUGGUUCCCACCUUCAUCCUCGGCGUCCUGGGGAACAUUUACGUCUUAGUGACGUUCUGCCGCCGUCCCAGAGCCGACUGGACCUACAUGAACAUCUACAUCACCAACAUGGCGAUCGCGGACUGCGUCGUGCUCAUGCUUCUUCCCGUCCGCAUCGCGUCCUACGGCUGGGAAAGAUCGCGACUCUGGGACCAAACCAACAAAGAGCUGUGUUACGUCCUCGUGUCGGUUUAUUACGUCAACAUGUACGUGAGCAUCUACACGGUCACCGCGAUAUGCGUCGUGCGCUACGUGGCCAUCGAGUAUCCGUUAAAAGCGCGGGAAAUCUUGUGCUGCAGAAACGCGCUGCUGGUUUGCGCGCUCAUUUGGCUGGUCACGUGCUCGUCCAGCGCCGCGUUCCAUCGUGUGGACGAACCAGAGGGAAAUACUACGAUUAAGUGCUUCCAGAAAAACAAAGCAGGGGUAUUACCGUUGACCUUCAUUUUGGUUCUUAACAUCAACGGGUUCCUCGUGCCGUUCCUCAUCAUGCUCUUCUGCUCCAUUAGCGUCAUUGUCAAAUUAAAGAAACAGUUGGAAAUCGGAUCUCAUUCUGAGAAGAUCCAGUGUAUGUUCAUCAUCGUGGCUAAUCUGAUUGUUUUCGUCGUGUGUUUCUUUCCCAUCCACUUUGGAUUUUUCUUCAAGUACGUCACGCAGGCUUAUGACCACUCCUGCCACGAGCAGUUUAUCGCGCAUAAUUUCGUUCACGGCGCGAUGUGCGUGUCCAGCAUGAACUGCGCACUGGACAGCUUCAGUUAUUAUUUUGCCACCAGAACAUCGUGGAAACUGUGCAGCGCGAAACAAAGUACAAAUAAAGAGGAUGAGUGUGAUUAUAACACGGUCGCGCAAUGACUUCUGGGAAACUUGCGACAUUGAAACGUGUUUAAAUUUGGUAAUAAACUUCAUAGUAUAUAUAUUUUAGUUUGUCAACUUUAUAAGUGUUUGUUAAUUAAAUGUUAAGUUGUUUCAUUAGUUUAUAUACAUAAAAUUUAAAAAAUUAUAUUAUAAAAUGUCAGCAUAUAUUGUGUUAAGCAUUAGUGUAACCUUUGACACUGGUAUUCAAUAUAGAUAUGGAUAUUUUUAUGUGCAUAAAUUAUUAACUCCAUAAAAUUGUGUAAUUUCUAAUACAUAUGCUGUUUACUUUUUAAGUGUUUGUGACAAACAUACGUAACAAAUGAAAAAAGGGAGAAAUGAAAACCAGUAAUUUAUUUUAUGUAAAUCUAGAAAUUACUGCCAAAAAUUGUUAUAGUGUUGUAUUAUUCCAAGAUUUUAUUUCUUCAUGUUUACAGAAACUGCUUGAAAAAGGCAAACUGUGAAUCAGGUUCUUUUUUACGUUAAUAUUUUAAAAGCGUUACUGCUGUCACUGUUUCUGUAUGUAUUUCAUGUUGAGUUAGCAAUGUAGAGAAAUUAAAUCUGAUCAGUAUCUUUGUGCUGAUCAAUCCUCAUCUGAGGGUGUUUUGUAUCUGAACGCCAUCUACUGGAGAAACAGAAUCAUAACUCCUAACCAGUUAUGCCUUAAAUCGUGCUGCACCAAUAAUCCUGUGAGAAAUAAAUCAUCUCCCACAGAAAGA